CAAUACAUCAUCUUCUUCUUCUUCUUUCUUAUGGCAUUUUGACCCUGUGACCUACACCAUUCAUUCUCCAUCAUUCUAAUCAAAAACCCUCCUCUCGGUGAAAUGGCGGUGGAGCUUAUGGGAUUCCCAAAAAUGGAUGAACAGAAAGCAAUACAAGAGGCUGCCUCUGAGGGAUUAAAGGGCAUGGAACACCUCAUUCAUCUCCUCUCCCACCAACCCUCUCACUCUCCUCUACAAGCUGACCUCACUGACGUCACCGUUUCCAAAUUCAAAAAACUCAUCUCCUUACUCAACCGCACCGGCCAUGCCCGCUUCCGCCGCGCUCCGCUUCCCUCCUCUCCCUCUUCCCUCUCUCUCCCUCAAUCCCACACUCUCACUCCAUCUCCGGCCCACUUCACCUCUCCGCCGGCGGCUAAUCCGGCCGUCGUUCAUCACCCGCAGAGUUUGACUCUCGAUUUCACAAAGCCUAAUAUCUUGAGCUCCAACGCCAAGUCUCUGGAGCUCGAGUUCUCUAAGGAAACAUUCAGCGUUUCCUCCAACUCCUCCUUCAUGUCCUCCGCCAUCACCGGAGACGGCAGCGUUUCCAACGGCAAGAUCUUCCUCACUCCCCCGGCGCCGGCAGUCUCCGGCGGAAAGCCUCCACUUUCAUCGGCUCCGCUCAAGAAGAGGUGCCACGACCACCGCGACCAUACAGACGACGUCUCCGGCCAGAUCUCCGGCUCAAACAAGUGCCACUGCAUCAAGAGAAGGAAAAAUCGGGUGAAGAAGACGAUGAGAGUGCCGGCGAUUAGUUCGAAGAUCGCCGAUAUUCCGCCGGACGAGUACUCGUGGAGGAAGUACGGUCAGAAACCGAUCAAGGGGUCUCCGUACCCGAGGGGUUAUUACAAGUGCAGCACGGUGAGAGGGUGUCCGGCGAGGAAACACGUGGAACGAGCUCCGGACGAUCCAACGAUGCUGAUCGUGACGUACGAGGGGGAACACCGUCACGCGAUUCAGGCCGCGAUGCAGGAGAACAUUUCUGGGAAUGGGGGUUUGGUAUUUGAGUCAACGCGAGUUUGCAAUUAAAAAUGGGUAGCUGUUGGGGUGGCUUUUUUUUUUUUUUUUGUAGUAGGAGCAAAAAACGUGAAUCGGAAUUAAAGCGGUAGCUGCAAUGUAAAUUUGUUCUGAUUCUAAAGAUUAUAAUAUUAUAGGGUGGUGGAAAUUUCGAAUCUUAAUCUUCUCCCACUAAAGUCUUACCUGUUAUUUUAUUAUUUAUUGUUUAUUUUAUAUAAGACAACUUUUUAAAGUGGUUUGAGGAUGAUCCUCGAUCAACAAUUUUUUCUUAAUUGAAUGAAUAGUUGGAUACUUGGAUACAAGGGGAGGGGUCGCUCAAUUGGCACUGGUGAAGGGUCCCAAUCUAAGCAGAUGAUGCUUCGUGACGGGGAAAUGGAGUGACAUCUCAACCUUAUUUUGUUCUUUCGGAUCCAGA